CUUCCUCCUCCUCCUCCUCCUCUACCCACCGCGCAGUUGGAUUCAGUUACAGUGAGCGCCAGGAUGGCAACAUAAAAAUAAAAAAAAAAUCUAAUGGAAUAACUGAGACGGGAGAACGUUGUGAGGAUUUUACGACGUGUGAAUAGCAAAGCAUAGAAAUAACCUUGACAAAAGAAAAAAAAUAAGAAAAACAAGAUGCGAGGCAGCGCGCAGGCAUCCGCGGGUCAAGUUCACGCGGCAGCGGAUGCGCGCCGGCUCCAAGAGCAGCUGGCCGGAUGAAGUGAGAUUCGGCGCGCAGCGGCAGCAGCAACGUGCCACAGGCGGCCACGCAUUUCGGUUCUGACCGCGGUGGGAAUCAUUUUCUGGGGACGAAACAACUCGGGCACCUUCUCUCCCCUCACCCCUCCCACGGCACAUCAAUGAGGAAUGUGACUGUGUCUGUCUCUGUCCAGACGGGCUUGAUGAAGCCCUCGGCGGUGUCAUGCGUCUUGCCCCGCAGCCAACAAGCGCGCAACCCCUGCGGCUCGUAGUGUUCCUCGCCCUCCUCCUGGGCGCCGGGGUCGUGUCGUCCCCGGUGAUCUCCGCCGGCUGCCCGGACAGGUGCGUGUGCGACGACCAGCUGGUGGUCCAGUGCGCCGGGCAGCACCUGGUCGCCUUCCCGGUCGACCUGCCGCUGGCCACGCGGCAGCUCAUCAUCUCCAACAACCGCAUCGCGGAGCUGCCGCCGCUGGCGCUCAACUACCUGUCCGACCUGGUCUACCUGGACUGCAGCAACAACUCCCUGACCGAGGUGUCCGAGUCCACCUUCGGGAACCUGCGCAAGCUGGCCUACCUGGACCUCUCCUUCAACACUCUGCGCCGGAUCGAGGACCGGACGUUCGGCCCGCUGGCCAGCCUAGUGAUGCUGAGGAUGACGGACAACCCGGGGCUCUCCGACAUCCACCCGGACGCCUUUUCGGAGAACGAGGCGCUGCAGGUGCUCGACGUGAGCCGGAACAACCUGACGGCGCUCAACAUCACGUCGCUGCUCGCGCUGGGCGCCCUGCGCUCCGUGGGGCUCAGCGGGAACCCGUGGAGCUGCCAGUGCGACAACGAGGACCUCUGCCUGUGGGUCCACCUGGAGACCUUCAAGUUCCAAGAUGAGGGCCAGACAGUGUGUGGCUCACCGGCUGACAUGCAAGGUCGCCGUCUGAGCGAGGUGGGCAUCCAGCUGCGGACGUUGUGUCACCAGACACUGGACUCCUGGGACUACCUUUUUUUCGUUGUCAUCGGCUUCGUCAUCUUCGCCGCCGGGACGGUGUCGGCGUGGCUGAUGGGCGUCGUCAUGGUGCUGUACGAACGCUACAUCAAGAAGAAGGACGAUCAGCUCGAACUGGAGAAUGAGGAGGAAGGUAUUGAGACGAUUGGUGCACCUAGAGGCAGAACAGAGCGGGGCAACAGGAGCUUAAAAACUUCACAUACUGUUUGAAAGAAUCCGUCCACCAUGGACUCCCGCAGUGCCUCCUGUAACACACCUCCACGGCUGUCUGUGAAGUCUGACAGUAAAUCUUGGCUUGCGAACGGAAAAUGGAUGAGGAAUGUCUUUCUAUUCUAAUCAUUUGUAGGGCACUUUCUGGGGAUGAAACAGGUUUCUUUUUUUUUUAGUCUCCAUGCUGGAGGUCCCCAUAGCUGGGUGAUACAUAAACCUUAAUAUGCAAAUGUACGAAUCUGUAUGUUGUAUAAGUCUAUGCUGUGUUGAGUGGGAAUUGGAUUUGUUGAGCAGGAAGGAAGUGUGAGUUGGUAAAACUGGUAUUAAUAGACCAGUUUGGUGUUUCUUUAAAUCUUUUGUGCAUCCACACUCGGCUUAUUUUAUAUUUCAGACUUUUUGCCUCUAAAGUCUUCUGAACUAGUUUUACAUUACUAUUUUCUAUGAUGCUAAGCGUUUUUGCGUCUUCAAUGUGAAGCACUUCAAUAAUCUCCUGUUUCUUUAAGGAAACUUCUGUUUCCAGAAGGCACAGUCUGACUUGAAGGGACUGUGCAACGGGAUAGUUCAGGAUGUUUGGAAUGAGUUUAGGCUGAAACAUUAUCAGCAAUUAAUAUCUUUGCGUCUAAAUUUCACAUCAAUCCAGAUUUAGCUGGUUUUGUCAUUACCAACAAUCCAGAAAAGGCCCAAGGCUGAGACAGACUUUUACAGACUGAAUACAACUCCAAUUUCAAAAUGUUAUAUCAGUUUAUAAACACAUUUUUGCUUUAGAAGAAACACAGGAAAGGGUGACUGGAGGCAGCGCAUCCCUGAUUAUCUUCCUGCAUGAAACAUGUUGAGAAUAGAUCAACACAGUGAUUGAGGUCAGAUUAACAGUCAGAAAGGAAAGAAAUGCAGUGUAAAAAUAAUAAAAUAGCAUUUAGUCAAGCUGCUUUAUUAAGCUACAUAAUAUUGUGUUACUAUAUGCCAUCCAGUAUGAAACGAGGUAGCGGUGCUCCACUCAUUGUCUUCUUCUGUAACUCAUUAUUGCAACUUUAUGUAUAUACAAAAUGAACAUUGUGGUUUAACUUAUUUUUUUAAUUAAUAGACAUUUGCAUAAUUACUUUUAUGUAAAAAUUGCCUUUUGAAACUUAUCACAUUUGAGGAGGAAGAUUAUUUGUGACGCACCGCCUCCAACCUCCAUAUCUGCUGAAAUAUUCAUAGGCUUCUCUGUAAAUAUCAAACCUGAAAAUUGUGUAGAAGGUCAUAAGAUAAAUGUCAAGUAAACAUGACAAUUUUGAGAUUGGAGUUUAGGAUUAUGCGGCCUUGGCGCCUCUCAGAUUUGGCCGUAUGGCUUCGAAAUCUGGUCCAAUAAAUCUGGAUUUUAAUCAGUUGAAGAUUUCGAGACGUACUGCAGGUAAGACAUUAGCUGCUGAUGAUGUUCUUUUAGAAUCUCACAUCAGAAGUCCUGAACGAUCACUUUCAUCUGAUGUGAUGUAAAAGCCUGGAAGGUUAUUGGUGAUGCAUGAAAGACAGGAAGAAAAGCCUAAACUACCAAUGAACUCUUUGAAUAUUGACUUCCGUAUGAGGAACUUUGUAUACUUUAGUCUCUGCACGUUGUAACUUCUUACAUAGUCUAGAAGCAAUACAAGUAACUGAUGGGAAGCACUGAAAGGUUUAGUUCCCCCGGAGGUGACACACACACGCUAAUAAUCUAAUAUUUUUUUGGUCUGUCUGCAAACAUGUUUGAUACCACGAAAUUUACUCUGAUUAGCAUAAUGCGAGUUGUAAAGUUUGAAUAAAAAGCAAAGGUCUUUUUUUAAGCAUACUGAAAUGUUUGCCUUGCUCAUAAUUCAUUGUUUGCUGACCAUCUUGUCCCGUGAGAAAUAAGAACGGAAUAUUAUGAGGUGGCAACACUUUUUUCCAAGUUUUCUUGCUACCGCUGGAUUUCUUGUAAAUAUAACAAGUAAGAUUAUUUUGCUACUGUCAUUUUUUUCCAACAUGUGCAGGAUGUUUCAAGCGGACCAGAUUUUGAGUUGAAUCAGCCACAGACAAAAUUUGUCCGUUCAAAUAAUGGAACUGAAUGACUUUAAAUUGUUUGUUUUAAAGUCAACUCAGUUCAUUUUGGUUUUAAUUGAUGUAUUGAUAUUGGGACAGGCCUUAGUGUGUGUUCCAACAAUAAUCUCAGAUAAAUGGAAGACGGACGGAUGGAUGAAUUUGAACGUAAGAAAAUCAAUACACUC